GCGGCAUCUGAUGAACGGUUUCGACAGUGCUCGUUUCAAUUAAUUCUUUUCGAAAAACCACAAAUUGUUUUGUUGAUUUGUAACUAUUUACUUUUUACGCAGCUGUACUGUACACUCUGUUAAUUUAUCAAUGUUAAGGAUUUUUACGAAAUAUUUUUUACCAAAAAAUGGCAAAAGCUAACACAUCCAUUUUAAAGCAUACCAACGUUGCUACAAGCACACCCUCGACGUCAUUCAACCAUAAUCCGACGAAACAAGUGAGAUUUUCACCGUUCAGAGCCGUUAGAUUAUUUAACACCGAUGAAUGCGCUACUGCAUGGGAUAAUGCUUACAACCAAAUUGAUGAUGAAGAAGAUGAAGUGAUAGAAAUUGACAUGGAUGUUCCUUCAGAAGUAAUAACCGAAAGCAGAAUGGAAUUGAAUUGUUCUACUGUGUCCAAGAAAAAUUCUGUUUCAAACAAAACGAGGAUGAAGCGACAAAGGAAAAAGUACUAUCGCGUAGAAAAAGUGCUGGGACGACGCAUUCGGAAAGGAGAGGUGGAAUAUUUAAUAAAAUGGAAGGGAUACAGGAAGGAUCAUAAUACAUGGGAACCCUCCUCUAAUUUAGAUGAGAAGCUCGUUGAAGAAAUUGAUAAAAUCCAUGGAUUGUAAAAUAUGAAAAAAUAAAUGAUUUUAUGUCAAG